AACGUUUGAAGUGCUUGAAUGCUUCGCCAAAAAUAUUUUUUGGGAAUACACGAGAAGGAAAUGGAGUAGGCCUGCCCCAGGAUAGUCCAUUUUCUAUUUACGAGCAUUCCACUUUUGGGAGAAUACAAUGAUAUAGAAAGGGGUGCUACUAUAUCGUUUCACCUGUUCCUGUUGUUGUAUGAGGUGGCUUAGCUUAUCCUCUGUUCUAAUCCUUAUAAUCUGUCAGAUGAACACGGAAAAUCUGUUUAUGCUGUACUGUAGUUUUAAAAAUAGCCGAUGGAAGCUGAUGGACGUGAGCCUGUGUGGCCACCACAUGCCUCCCAGGGUGGUGAGCAAGAUGAUGGUGUGUCAAGCUCACAGGGCACAAGCCAACAGGACAGUACAAGGAAUCGAUUUGCAUUGUCUUCAGAAGCUGAAUCCAGUAGCCAUGAGCCCGAAUCAACGAUGGUAGAGACAAUUCAGUCAGCUGAUACCAACCCACCCAAUGUUGUCAGCAUCCGUGUAGAGGAGAUUGCUACAGAUGUCAAUGAAACUGAGACUGGUGAUGGUACAUCCAUACCAGAUUCCACAGGGGUUCUAAGUGAGCCACCAUCUGACCUUUUCCUCUUGCAAGCAGCACUUAGCAUUCAGGAACGUGAAGGUGAGAUCAUACCUCAUGUGCCAGCUAUGCUACAGGAGAACCAGUUAGAUGAUGAGAUGACUGCUUCCACCUCAGGUGUAACAAGCCCUAAGAAACGUGGGCGGAAAAAGGGAUCAAAGAUUGCCCUCACAAAUCCUUAUGCCCAUGAAGAUGAAGCUAGUUCUAUAAUUCGCCCUCGUAGAAAAUCAAUUAAACCCAUAAACCUCAACGCAGACUUUGAAAUUGACGAAGAAGAAGAUGAAAAGAAUGAACCAUUUAAUGAAGAGGAUUUUCUGAAGCAGGGUGUAUUUCAUACCAUCGCAGAUAAGCCUGUAACCUCUCGUGCAAGGGCUAGUCUGCCAGCCAUGUUACAGAUAUUCAAGGUUGAGGAUGGCCAAAUAGGUGUAUUUGCUCGUAAAAAUGUUCCAAAACGAACUCAGUUUGGACCACUGGAGGGCAAACUUCGGAAUACAGAAGAUGAAGUGGCAAAUGCAGUAAUCAAAUGGAAGGUCCAGAAGGCAGACCAAUCAACAUUGUUCAUGGAUUGUUCUGAUGAGUCAGAAUGCAACUGGAUGAUGUUUAUCCGGCCAGCCAAACGGUACAGUGAGCAGAACCUUGUUGCAUUUCAACAUGAAGGCAACAUUUAUUUUGCCACUAUGAAGAACAUUGAUCCGAAGACUGAACUGAAGGUCUGGUAUACUAAGUCAUAUGCAGAGUUUGUUGGAGUGGGUGUUCUGGAAGCCACUGCAGAGGAGGUUCAAGAAAUGGAAGAAAAUGACAAGACUUGGCCUUGCUUUGAAUGUAACAGAAAAUUCCGCACAUCAGAUCUGCUUCAGCGUCACCUUGCAACCCAUGAUUCACUCCAUACUAAACCACAAAGAGGAAAAAAGGGUAGAAGAGGGCGGCCUAGAAAGUAUCCUGAAGGGUAUCGUAGCCGUUUAGCAGUAGCUAAGCUUAAACGAGCAAAGGGGUUAAAGCUGCGAACACAAGAUGGCUAUGCAUGUACAGAAUGUGGUAAGCAGUUUGCCAGGCUGUACAGCUUAACCCGUCAUAUGUUGAUGCACUCUGGAGAGAAGAAUUUUACUUGCCCUGUUUGCAAGAAAACCUUUGCUCAUACAUACAACAAGCUGAGACACAUGAAGAAACAUGAAGAGGAAGCACAAGCAGGACAAAGAAGAAGUCGUCGUGGAAUUGAUGAAGAGGAGGAAGAUAUAUGGCCUUGCUUUCAAUGUGACUUGUGCUUUGAGAGUAAUGAGCUUCUUGAACUCCACAGUAACAUUCAUGACAUGAAUGAAACAAUGGAAGUAGAUGAAAAAGAAUCAGAUGGUGCAUUACAACCAUUGUCUUUUGUAACUGAGGUAAUAGAAACAGCUGCAAAAGAAGCAGGUAUCACCGAUGAAGGUGAGAAUAAAGACAAAGAAGCAAUGGAAGUUGAUGAUGUGAAGGCUACAAAUGAUGAUGAAGAGGAUGACGAUGAACUGUCGCCUGAAUUGGUGUGUCCAGAAUGUGAUGAAGAGUUCCAAGAUAAGAAGACAUUAUGGUUGCAUGCCAGUGCUCAUGGUCAGCAUAAGCCUGGCAUUGCAGAUCAAUAUCGUGAUGCCUUCAGAUGUGAAAUAUGUAAAAGAUUCCUACAGGACCAAGAAAAGCUGGAGAAACAUAUGGAAUUACACACUAAAGAUGAUGAGAACCUGAUUCAUUGUGAAGUCUGCAACAAAGCAGUACAAAGUCGGUCUGCUCUAGCGUGUCAUAUGAAGAUUCAUGCUGAAGAGAGGUGUUUGCAGUGUCCUUUUUGUGAAGAAUCAUUCGAAAAAGGAGAUCUGCUUAAACGCCAUGUAGAGGUUCAUCGCAAAAAUGGGCAGUAUGAAUGCCCACAUUGUCCCAAGAAAUUUAAUGAAUACCCACAGAUAAAAAAACAUAUUCGUAGCUUCCAUUCUCAGAAAGAAUUUCCAUGUGAUCAUUGCGACAAAGUUUUUCCGAGACCAGACAAACUUCGUCUCCAUCUUCUGCGACACUCAGACAAGAAGGACUUCCUUUGUGCCAACUGUGGAAAACAGUUCAAGCGCAAGGACAAAUUAAAAGAACACAUGCAACGUAUGCACAAUCCGCAAAGAGAAGCAGAGAUUGCCAUGAAUGCUAACAAGCCAAGGAAGAUUCCAUUCAAACCACAAAUCCCUCCCACUGAUGUAGAUCGCUUCACAUUCAAGUGCAGGCUUUGUCAAGUUGGCUUUAAGCGACGUGGUAUGCUGGUGAAUCACUUGGCUAAAAUGCAUCCUGACGUCGUUAUUGAUUCUAUUCCUGAGUUAAAUCUCCCAAUUGUAAAACCAAAUCGUAAUUAUUUCUGUGCAUAUUGUGAGAAGGUGUAUAAGAGCAGCAGUAAAAGGAAAAUACACAUCUUGAAGAAUCAUCCAGGAGCCCAGUUGCCUCCUAGUUUGAGAGUGACCAAAGGUGACCCAAACAGUCCACUAGGAGAUCCUCAUACAGCUCCUGCUGGCACAACAACCACACAUUACUUUGCUUGUGCACAUUGCCCACGUCAGUACAGUACCAAAGCUAAAAUGAUGGACCAUGUGCGCAAGAAACAUAUGGACACUACUCAGCAGACACCAUCAGUUUCGUCUAAACGAGGGUCUGUGGUAAGCCAGAUAGCUAUUAUGCAAGAAUCGCUUAAUAAUGAAUUGGGCCAUAUCAUUGUACAUGAUAAUAUGCAGCAUGGUGUUCAACAAGUUGUAAUUGGUGGAGACCAAGUAGUGUUCCCAUCUGGAGAGGCUGCUGCUGCGGUUGCAUUAGCCGCUGCUGCCACAGGACACCCUGCAACCAUCACAGUCGAAGCUCAGCAAGAUCAUCAAGGAGGAGAGGCAGUUGAAAUACAACAAGUAGUAAACCAAGAUCAGCUGCAAGCACCACAGACUAUUCAAAUUAGAUACAUUGAAACAGCCAAUGGCCAACAGGCUCAGGUGAUUCAAGGAGAACCUGUCCAAGCUACUGACUUACUAACACAGGCCAUGACGGAGCUUUCCCAAUCUAUAAAUGAAAUGCGUCAGCAGAGUGGCGGAGACUAUCAACCUGUGCAACAAAUUCAAAGAAUUAUCCAUCACCAAGGACAACCAACAAUUCUUCAGACUCUAAAUGCUCAAAUACCAGUCUCACAGAUCCAAAUCCCAGUCUCACAGGUACCAGUCUCACAGAUAACCAGUGCCAGUGGUAUACAAAUUCCAGUUUCACAAAACCUUCAUUCAUCAGGUAGCAUCACUGUUACUCCGAUUCCUGUGACUCAGAUUCAGGCCGGUUCAAUAGCUGCUACACAACUUGUUGGAUCUCAUGCUGGUUCUGUAGCUACAACAGUGGAUUUAUCACAGGUUCGACAGAAUGUUACACAAUUCCAGCAGCAGCAACAGCCAACUGAUCCAUCAGGUCCACAACUGACCCAGCUUCACACUGUAGCCCAGUCAAUGAGUCCUGUGCCACAGCAGCUGCAGAUACAAGUGCAACCACAGCAACCUACACAGCAGGUCACGCAGCAGCAAACACAGGUUAUCCAACAGGCUCAGCAAGCUGGCCAACAAACACAGCAGCAACCACAACAGGUAUUCAUACAAAGCAAUUGGGCUCCGUACCAAACUUUCCGUUAAACAUAAUUAAAACAUUUGGAUUUCCAUAAACAUCGACUUUGGAAAUAAACUAUCAAUAUGGUAAUUUUUUUGCCAGCUGUAUAUUAUAAUACUGUAUUGUAAAAAAUUCUUUACAAAUUUUUGUCUUUAUGAACUAUAUUAUAUGUAUUACUAGUUUUUUUUACUGUAUUUUAAAUAAUAAUAUGAUAUUAGAUCGUGAUGAAUAAGCAUUAAAAGGCAAUCGUGACGUCAUCAAACUUACCUCCAACUUUAUUUUCCUAUCACGAAACACUGAAUAAUUUUCGUUAUUAAACUGUUGUGCGGAUCGUGUGAAAUAAACCUGUUUUACUUAUGUCAUGCAGCACAGCAUAAGCCCAGGUAAAUAUGAAAGAACCAUACAUUUCUUUGCUGGAACAUCGCCUUCAUUCAAAUGCAGUGGCAUUUUUCAUACGCUAGAGCAAUUUAAACAAAUUCUCUGUUUAGUCUGGGCUGAAGAGGUGAAUUUAAGAUCGUGUUUGAUGAGUAUUAAUCACUGAAUGAAAAACGAUGUUAGCGAGAAUAAAUGUACUACAUAUAGCUAGAAUCAUGUCCAUGAUUAUCAUAAUGUUUACUGCCAUAAACCUCUUAAACACCAAACCUGUGACAAACUUUUAUCAUAAUCAUUCUUUCAGGAUCCAAUAUUUUUGCCGACGGUCAUAACAUCACUGACUAUAAGGUUUCUGUUACGUAUUCCAUACCCAUUGUCUGAUACAGUAUACCAUUAUUUUACAUAGUGGAUAUAUACCCCAAAAGUAUCUAGAUACAGUAGUUCGUCUAUUUGUAUACUGUACUGUAUUUUAAUCUUUCAGAAAAUUUUAUGUUAUGGGUAACAUCAUGUGCAAGUCAAGAAUGUUAUACUGUAGUGAAAACUAAAUACAUGUACUGUUAUUACCAAUAUGACUUUAGACUAAUACUAGCAUUGCCAGCAGUGAACCGCAUAGGGUUAUUUUCCGGACUUGAAUUCAUAUUACGUAGUAUUUAUAAAAUAUGAUGUACAAUUGUGAUUUUGAGUUUGAUCUGAUUAAAUUUGUUCAUAUUCUAGUACUGUUGAAAAAUGUUGUUGGUUUCCUUUCUUUAAUUUAAAAAAUGGUGCUGCUUAGGUGUAAACCAGUGCACAUAAGUUUUUGGAUAGGAGUACAAAACUUACAGAAGUCUAUUCUAUUCAAAUAUUGCCUAUGGAUGUCUUCAUUAUGAUUGUUUCAUUUUACAGACAGUAAUCAAAAUUGUUGGCUUCGAAAUACAGUAAUGAAAUUCAGUAUAAUAAAUCAAAAUAUUGUUGGUAAUGUUA